AUGCGUGCCCAAAACGGGCGGCAAUGGUCACUUGCACCAGAAAGGGUUGGCUGGAAAGAGUUGCUUGACAGACUUGCCGGAGCUGCAUGGAUAGUGAACCGCAAAGAUUAUCAAGAACUAGGCCUCGCUUGUGCAGAAGAUAUUCUCUAUUCACCGGCCACAGAGGAGGAGAUAUCAGAAGCUGAAGCUAAAGUUGGCGAGCUGCCAUCUGACUUUAAGGACAUGGUCCGUGUUGCAAACGGGUUUAAAGGAGGUUGGCAUUUUCUUAACGGUGGUAUCAACGGUCUUGAUGACAUAAACCUCGCCGAUGAUGACGUCGAAAACUACACGUGGUUUCUUGGUGACCUAGACCAAGAUACUCAUUCCAAAGUAAUCGCCCUUUCACCUGCAACCGAGUGUGAUGGAUUCAUGCAUUUUAUGAUCUCACCAGCAUAUUGGCGAAAUCCAGAAAAUAGCAAUGGCGAGACUUUCAGUGACGGAGAAUAUCCGUACUGGCAAUGGGCUUCUUGGCAGGCUGGUGAAACUUCUUGGCACAGUUUUCGUGAAUGGGUCGCUACUGAGGUUGAGCAACUUGAGAGGAUGGUGAAAAAGAGAAAGACGCUUGAUGAUGAUGAUUGA